AUGGCCUCCUCCGCCCUGUCCGUCUGCUCCAGCAACCUCAGCUACAACACCCGGGCCUGCCUGCCCGAGGCCUGUGACCCCUACGCCCCCUCCUGCCUGGGGGACGACUGCCCGGAGAACUGCUGUGAGCCCCCCUGCUGCGGCCCCUCCUGCUGCUCCUGUUCCCCCUGUCAGCCGGCCUGCUGUAUGCCUGUCUGCUGCAAGCCCAUGUGCUGCACCCCAGUUUGCUGCAAGCCCAUGUGCUGCACCCCCGUUUGCUGCAAGCCCAUGUGCUGCACCCCCGUUUGCUGCAAGCCCAUGUGCUGCACUCCAGUCUGCUGCAAGCCCAUGUGCUGCACCCCAGUCUGCUGCAAGCCCAUGUGCUGCACCCCCGUGUGCUGUGGGGGCUCCCCCUGCUCAGACUCCUGCUGCCAGUCUUCCUGCUCCCCCUGCCAGCCCUCCUGCUGCAUGUCCCUGUGCUGUACCCCCGUGUGUUGUGGAGGCUCCCCCUGCUGCAAACCCUGCUCCAGCGUGUCCCUCAUCUGCCAGCCCACGUGCAAGCCCGCCUGCUGUGCCCCCUCACCCUGCUGCCAGCCCAGCUGCUGCCGCUCAGGGUCCAGCAUGUCCCUGCUGUGCCAGCCUGCCUGUAAGCCCUCCUGCUGCUGA